GUUUUCCAAUUCUCAAGCCUACCGCCAUGUUGCUCCUUCCCGGCUGUCUUCCUUCUACGCCUCUCGUCGGGUCCCUCCUUCUUAUGGACUGUAUACCCUGUCUCCUUUCUGCCUCAUAAUUCCUCUCCUCUUACGAUUCCUCCAUCUUCUGUCUGGAUCCUUAAGCCUCCAUCCCACGAGCCCUCCACCAUACUUCAACCCGGUAGUUAUUGCGAAUCAUCCUCUCGCCUUUCCGCACACGACCGGAGGUAACCCAACAAUUGCACACCACCACUACAAUGAAUACCCAAGAAGCCACCUUGAGGGCAGUUGGCCUUUGGCCCAUGAUCAUCAGUCGUGACCAGGUUGAUGAGGAGCUGCGUGGCAAGGAUAUUGAGGCUCGCCUGGCUAGGCUUGAGGAGCUACUCCAGGUCAAGGAAGAUGAAUUCUUGCACUUGGUACUUGGCCCCAGGGAUGGGAUGUGGAACGAGGUCAUGCGCGGAUUCGAAAUCGGUCUUUUCUGGAUUGUCACGUUGCAGAAAAUUCAUAACGACCUGAAGGAUAUCGAGGAGCGUAUUGCUGGAGGAGAUCAUACUUUGCUGGCCCAGCGCCGAGGAUGGAUGUUGUUUGUGGACCUCUAG